AUGGAACAAAGAGGGCGCCAGGCAUGGAGGCAGCAAUGGCGUUGGGUCAGAUGCGUAUUCGCUGCGGUUGCGCUUUGGAGCGGAGCUUCAGCUCAGCUCAGAUACUCUAUACACGAGGAAGUGAACGAGGGGACCGUUGUUGGAAAUAUCGCAAAGGAUUUAGGGCUGGACAAGAGCACACUGAAGGAAAGAGGAUAUCGUAUUGUCGAUGGCUUGGCUGAGCCCGUUUUCCAGGUAAACCAGGACGAUGGCGUACUGUACGUGAACCGAAACAUUGACAGAGAGGAGGUCUGCAGGCGAAGUAAGCUGUGUUUGAUCGACUUAAAAACGGUGUUGGAAAACCCACUGGAGGUCCACUAUGUCUCGGUGGAGGUGCUGGAUGUAAAUGACCACUCUCCCAGCUUCCCUGAAAGCGAAAAGAGGUUGGAGAUAUCCGAAUCUGCGCUAUCCGGAGCAAGGUUUCAGUUACAAACGGCGCGUGAUGCCGACAGCGGUCCUUUAUCUGUGCAGCAGUAUAAACUCAGUCACAAUGAACAUUUUCGUCUGGAAGUGAAAGAUCGGGGCGAAGACCGUAAAACUCCCAUUUUAAUUCUCCAAAAGCCACUCGAUAGAGAAUCUGUGAGGAGGCAUACGUUAAUGCUUACCGCCAUCGACGGAGGUAAACCUCCAAGAUCUGGAGAAAUUAAAAUAAUUGUUGAUGUAUCAGAUGUCAAUGAUAAUCCUCCCGUCUUCACCAAAGAAUCCUACUCUGUUGAACUAAAUGAAAAUGCUCCUAAAGGGGCGGUUGUUGUGCAAGUAAAUGCAACAGAUUUAGACGAAGGUUUAAACGGCGAAGUUGUGUAUUCAUUAGGGAAUGACGUGGAUGGAAACAUCCGGGCACGUUUUGAUUUGAACCCACUGACAGGAGAAAUACUGGUGGCAGGUGUGAUAGAUUUCGAAGAGAAGAGCAGAUAUGAGAUCGACAUACAAGCAUCCGACAAAGGCAUGGCUGUCCUGACAACAGACAAAACAGUCAUUAUUGAUAUUAUUGACGUCAAUGACAACGCGCCCCGUGUAGAAGUGACGUCUUUUUCCAGCGCUCUCCCGGAAGAUUCAAAGCCAGGUACAACAGUGGCGUUGAUCAGUGUAAAAGAUUCCGACGCUGGUCUCAACGGGAAAGUGCUGUGCUUUAUCAUUCAGGAUGUUCCGUUUGCACUUAAUCCAACGUUACAGAGCAACAUGUAUUCUGUAGUGACUAAGUCGCUUUUGGAUAGAGAGCAACAGUCUGAGUAUGACGUCACAAUAGUUGUAAAAGACACCGGUGAGCCACCGUUGUCAUCCGAGAAGACGAUACGGUUCGUUCUGUCAGACGUGAAUGACAACAGUCCAAAGUUUUCACUGAGCCCCUAUACGUUUUAUAUCACAGAGAAUAACGCGCCAGGAGCAUCGCUAUUUUCAGUGACGGCAUCUGAUCGGGACGAAGGUGAUAAUGCUCGUAUUUCUUACAGUAUUCAAAGAGAUGGAGGAGCAGAUAACCAACUUACAUCAUUUCUAAACAUCAACCAUGACAACGGUGAUGUGUUGGCGCUAAAAAGUUUCGACUUUGAAACUUUGAAGACUUUCCAGUUCCACGUGGUUGCCACAGACUCCGGAAGUCCCCCGUUGCGCAGCAACGUGACAGUGAACGUGUUCAUCCUGGAUCAGAACGACAACGCUCCAGUCAUCUUGUAUCCAAUCAGCGCUAACGGUUCUGCUGAAGGUGUGGAGGAGAUUCCCCGCAAUGUGAACGCAGGUCAUCUGGUGACUAAAGUGAGAGCGUAUGACGCUGAUAUAGGAUAUAACGGCUGGUUGUUAUUUUCACUGCAGGAAGUCACUGACCACAGUCUGUUUGGUUUGGACCGCUACACAGGACAGAUAAGAACACUUCGCUCAUUCACAGAGUCAGACGAGGCUGAACAUAAACUGGUCAUACUGGUGAAAGACAAUGGGAACGUGUCACUCUCAGCAACAGCUACUGUGGUUGUCAAGGUUGUGGAGCCCAAAGAGGCUUUUGCUGCUUCUGAUGUUAAAAGUGCAGCAAAAGAUGAAGAUGAGGACAAUGUGACACUUUAUUUGAUGAUAACUUUGGGCUCAGUUUCAGCACUUUUCCUCAUCAGCAUCAUCGUGUUGAUUGUAAUGCAGUGCUCCAAACCUGCAGACUAUUCCUCCAAGUAUUUACAAGACCCUAAUUAUGACGGGACUCUGUGCCACAGCAUCCAGUACAGAUCUGGAGACAGACGGUACAUGUUAGUUGGACCCAGAAUGAGUAUAGGAUCUACUAUAGUCCCAGGAAGCAAUGGGAAUACUCUAGUGGUCCCAGACAGGAGACGAGCGUCUGCAGAGGUAAGCUCAAUUUCAUUUGUGUAG